CAAUCGUGUAUUUUUAACGUUAAAUUUAUUAUUAUUAAUAAUAAUGUGAGAGAAAUAAACUGAAAGUAAAAUUCAUACUGAAGAAUUGUUAAGAAUUUGAUAGCGUUAACAAUUGUGCCGGUUCAUUGAUUUAUUGAUUGCAAGAUUUUCAUUUGUUUAUUGUACUGUCAUGUCAGUGUUUGUUAUUAUAAUGUGCGGUAAUGAAAAAAACUAAUUAUAUCUAAUUAAUAAUCGUUUGAUUAAUCGCAAUCCUAAUAUAAUCAUACGUAUAUUAAUCGUAAAUACGUAAAGAAAAAAAAACCUCCUCCAAACGUCAAACAAAGUGCGGACAACGUGUUUCUGUUCGUGUGAAAUGAAAACAAGGUGAAAUAUUUAAUAAUAUAAUUACCAAAGGACAAUAUGAUGAAUGAGGAGGAAAAUUGCAUGAGCACACUGUCGAGAACCUCGAGAUCUUUAUCGUCGCCAGAUGAAUGUUCCGAUGGAAGCACAGCAUCGUCUUUAAAGAGAAAAUUGCGAAAUUUACCAUCGCCAAGCGAUGGUUCAUCAUUAGGCGAUCGAUUCACCUAUUCUUAUAAUAGAAUUUUCCACAAAAAACAAGACUUGCUUUAUCACUUGCAAGAAUUUUCGAAUAGCAUUGAAGAACAAGAUGAAAAUGAAAUAAAUUCUGCAACAAGAAUCACGUCCCUUGUUGAUUCAUCGAAACUACAAACUCCUCGAGCUCGUCGAAGAGCAAUAAUGCACGAAACGAUGGAAUCUCAAAUACCGCAAAGUAUCCGAAGGAAAAUUCCACGUUUCAUGAAUGGAGAAGAAUCUGAAGAUACUCAAAAUUCCUCAAUAUCCGAUGACCUGAGUGAAGAAAGAUUGAAAUACAACAAUAACAAUGAAAAAUCAACUGAAGGAGGAAAAUUCGACCUCUGCGGAAAUGAGUUAAAGGCAGAGACUAAAAAAACUUCACUCUCUUGUUCACCUGUUAAUUAUUCAAUUAACAAUUCAAUUUCAAGUGGUCAAAGGAAAAAAAAAAUUGGCGGUUAUCGGCCAAAUGCGAUACUCGUUCGUAAUUUGAGUUCUGAAAAUGAAUCUGACACUGAAAGUGAAAAGAAUUCUAAUUCUAUUUUAAAAAUGGAAGAAUCAAUCUUUUCUUCUCAACAUUGUUCGAAAUUUACGGGAAUAAUAAAUCAAAGUCAAACAGUUAAAAUUGACGGUGAAUUUGAAGAAUUUCUUGAGAAUUUAUCGAAAAAUUCACAAUCAGCUUACAGUACACCGCAAAAGAAAACUAAUAAUAAUAACAAUAAUCGAAAUUGUGAUGAAAAAUAUUUCUCUGCGCCGACUUUCGAUAGAAAUGAUUCUUCCGAAUUGAUUCGUCGUGUUUCGCAAACAAAAUCGACAAAUUUUUUCCAGACUGACAAAAAUUUUGAGAUUCCCAUUUUAAAAUUGAGGUCUCGAGAUUCGUCACUUUCUGCGAGUGGAAAAAACAAUGAACUUCAGGAUAUGAAAGCUUUGUUCUCAGAAAUUUCUGAUGUGGGAUUUAAACAAGAAAAUGCAUUUGGCGAUUCUGGAAAAUUUCAUUCGACUCUAACGGAAUGUCGCGGGUCAGGUUUCUCAAUUGGGCGAAACUCGUCAAUUUCUUCUGGGAUUCAAAUUAAAUCCCAUGACAGUUCACAUUUUAAAAACGUUCCAAUUUCACCCACUGAUAUCGCAAAUUCAAAUUCAGAGAAAGAAGCAAAAAAAGCGGAAGAAAUCUUUCAUUUAAAAAAUCCGGAUUCAACUAAUUCUCCAAUGGAAACUGAAUCGGACAUUUCGCCACUAAAAAAAUUAAAAAAUGUCGGCCAAGAAAUGGAAAUUUCUAUCGAAAGUUUAGCAGAAACAAUAAUAUUAGAUGAUUCUUUAAAAUUAUUUCAAUCACCAAUCGGCGAUUCAAAUCAUCAAGAUCAAAGAAAAUGGACAUUUCAAUGUAAAAUGAAUGAAAAAAAUUCUCCCGACAUUGUUCGACAUGAAGAAUCAAUAGAAAUGAAAGAUAAUCCGUCAAUUAAUAUUUUUCAACGUAGUGCACAUUUUAAUUCAAUGAAACUCGCCAAGUCUAAAAGUGCUACGAUUCUCGAUAAUAAAAAAUCAUCGACUGAUAAAAAUCCAUCAGCGAAUAAUUCCACAUCAAUGUCGAAACUUUCAUUUCUUUUAGAAUCAAUGAAAAAAGAAAAUCAAGAUCGUUGUCCCUUCACGAUCUCUGAAAAUGAAAAGAACAAAGAAAUUCCAAUAAAGGAGUUUCCACCUGAAUCUUCGAGAAAAUCAGAGGAGAAUUUCUAUAAACUCAAUACACAUCCAAGUAUCACUCGAUUGGCAUUAUCAGGAAACGAAAUUCUUCCUUCAGAAUUGAUAAAUUCUGUUUCGUACGAUAAUACACCGAGAAGACAAAAUUUCUUCAUUCGAAUGAGAAAUUUUUUACGACGCAUUUCAAAUCGUUUGACGAAAAAAAAUUCUUCGUCAUCAGCCAAGAUUUUAUAUCAAAAUGCUAGUUGUCAUUUUGAAUCGUUUACGAGCUCAGGAUCACAGGAUAAUAACGCAAAAAGAUGUUCCACCUCCUCGGAUGAAUUGGAUAAACAAAAUUAUUCCAGUCAACGUUUUAAUUCUGAAACGGAAAGUUGUCUUUUAAACGGAAUUCACAGCGUUCGAGUAAAGAGUUCACCGGUGGAUAUUAUUUCACCUUCCAAACAUCAGAAUCAUCGAUAUAUCAACGACGAUCAAUCGGAGGUAAAGGAAUUUUAUAAAUUAAAACCAUUCUUUCAUUGCGAUGUUUAAUAUUUUGUUUUCAAUUAAAAAUUAA